AUGGCCAUGACAUCAAACUCUAUGAAUAAAAGCUUUUUUGGUUCAAUUUCAUGUACACGUUCAUCAUCACCAACGACAAUCAAUAAUAAACAUAAAACAAAUUCUAUAUUACCAUCAUGUUGUAGUUGUUCUCGUGCACGUCAAAAAUCUCAACAUAUCAAUAAAUAUAUAAAAUCAGAGAAUGGAAUACCUAUAACAGAAGAUACAAAACCUGAUGUACACAAAGCUCAAAAAAGACAAAGUGCUGCUCGAAAACAACAGUUAGCAGCAGCUGCUACUACUGUUACAACUCCAUCGACAUCACGAGUUUCAAACGGUCAUUCUGUAAUUGAAAGUGAAAGAUUAUUCAAUAACGAUAAUGAUGAACGAAAUUCAAAUAUUAUUCCAUCAUCACCAUGUCAACAUAUAAAUGAACCAUUUAUUAAUAAUUAUUCUCAUCAUCCAAUACGUAAUUCACAAUCAAUUCCACUUCUUCUUAAUCGACAUGAUAAUAUAACAACACGUAUUAAUUCUAUUCCUUAUGGUAUUCGUGGUUUAAAUAAUGGUAUUGAUUCAUAUUCAUUUACAGAUAUUGAAGUAUCAUCAUCAAUAAAUGAUGAUGAUAAUGAUAGACAAAAACGAAUUAAAUCAGUUAAUACAAAUAAUCAAUCAAUAUCUAUUGAUAUUGAUCGACAAAAUGAUGAUGAUUUACAAAGUGCAACACCAAAAAGUUUUACAUCAAGAGAUUUAUCUUCUCGUGCAACAAAUCUUUCAUCAUAUUCAACACAAAGUUUAUUACGAAGACUACUUGAUAAAGCUCAAGUAUUAAAUGAAUAUUAUAAUGAUAUUUGUAAUAGAACAACUAUUCAACCAUCCUUAUCUCCUUCAAGAAAACGUUCAUUAUCACCGUCAACCAAUUCUUUAUUAGGACGAAACGGUGCAACACCACGUUCAUUACUUCAUCGUGAUCAAUCAUGUGAAUCAAUAAAAAAAUCACGGCGAAAACAUCGAAGUAUUUAUGACAAUAUGUCAGCUGAUAGUUCAAGAUUUAAUUUAUAUGCUGAUGAAGAUAAUGUAUUAAGAGAAUUAAUUCGUUUUAAUAAUGAUAUUGACUUAAUUUUAUCACGUCUUGAAAUGGAAGGUGGAAAUGUUCAACAAAGUAAUAAUAGUAAUGAUAAUAAUGAACGACGUUUAUCAUCAAGUACACAAAUAGUACUUGAUGAUAAUGAUCAAGAAAGUACUGAAUCAAAAUUAGAUGAUUUAAAAAAUCUUAUUCAACAAACAAUUAUAUAUCCAAGUGAUGAUUCUGGCCUUGCUACAAGUCCACAAAUCAAUGAUAGAGAAGAAACUGAUCAGACAAAUCUUCAAUCAAACGAAGUUAUAACAAUGCGUACCAAUACAAAUGAAAUAAAUAUUCAUUUAUUAUUAGCAAAUGAUAUUAAUCGUUUGAGAGAAACAGCCUUGUCAAAAUUGUUAAAGUUAACUCAACAAAAUUGUAAUCAUGAUAGUAUGCAUAAUCAUGAAACUAUAACUUUGGCAAAAUUAAAUAAACUUCCGAAAUCAAUAACAUGGAAAGGCAAACGUGUAUUUGGUGUUCCUUUACGUGUAUAUCAACAAACAACAGGACAAAUUCUUCCUGUAGCUAUUACUAAUGCAUUACAAUAUGUUCGUAUGAAUGCUGGCAAAUGUGAAGGAUUAUUUCGUAAACCAGGCGUUAAAUCAAAAAUAGAUCGUCUACGUUUGCAAAUUGAAACAACGAAUGAUUUUAAUGGAGAUUCAUCAUUAGAAACAAUUAAAUUUGAUGAAUAUCAGCCAUUUGUUGUUGCUGAUGUUAUUCGACAAUAUUUUCGUGAAUUACCUGAAUGUCUUAUGCCACCAGCAAUAACACGAUUACUAUGUGUAUCACAAGAAGAACAAUUGUUAGCAAUACGUUAUGCUUUUCUAUUAUUACCUGAUGAAACUCGUGAUGUACUUGAAACAAUUCUUCGAUUUUUACUCGACGUUUCAAUACGAUCUGGUAAUAGUCAGACGACUUGCCGAAGUUUAGCACGUAUAUUUGUACCAUCUGUUUUUCAAUCUUAUCAUGAUAUGCAUAAUACAUCAUCAAAAGUUCUUUGGUGGAAAUGGAAAAAAGAUAAAUUAGAUGCAAUACAACAAGAAAGUGAACGUUUAACACUUGAGCUUUGCUUAAUGACUAUGAUACUUAACGUUGAUUUACUUUGUCGAGUUCCAAGUUCAAUUACUGAUGAGCUUAAAUUACCAACAGCUAGAAAAACUAAACGUCUUGAUGAUCUUGUUCGUAAUGCAUGUAAUGGUGAAUUUCAUAUGAAAAAAUAUAUAGCAAAAGAUAGUGAACAAUUUUUACAAUGUUUAUCAAAUACAAAAUUUAAAAAUGUUCAAACAAAUAUUGAUGGUGUUCAUGUAUCUAUACAUAAACCAUCAACAAUAAAUUGUGAUAAUGAUGAAAUAAAUUUACCUAUAUGGAAAUGUUCAAUUGAUAUACCAAAUACAAAUGUUAAACAAGUUAGUCAAAGAAUUUUACAUGAACGAUAUUUAUGGGAUAAUCAUUUUGCUGAAAGUCGAACAGUUGAAAAAAUUGAUGAGGAUAAAGAAAUAGUGCAAUAUGUACUUAAUUUUCUUGAUCUUGUACCUGUUCGUUCAUUUUGUGAAUUUCGUUUUUCAAAAAAAAUUGCAUCACGUUCGAUACCUGAUACGAAUGCAAUGUUAGUUAGUGCUGUAUCAAUUGAUCAUUUACAGAAUCAUUUUCUACCUGGUAGUAUUGGUAUAACGAAAGAUAUGCAUUAUUAUAUAACACCAUCAACAACUCAACCCGGAUAUACGACAGUUAUUCAAGUAGCUUGUGUUGAUUAUAGCGGACGAUCAUCUCAAUGGUAUGAAAGUGUUUUUGGUUGUUUAUUAGCACAUAAUCUUCUAUCAUUACGAGAUACAUUUACAAACUCGAAAAUUGUUAAAGUUUAA